CACCAGGCGCCCCCCCCCCCCCCCCCCCCCCCCCCGCGGCAUCCUUUCGUUAGGCUGGUGCUUGUGCCACGGCCACGGCUGCUGAGGUGCUCAGACGAGGCGAGGCCCAGACGGAGAGGGCGAGAGAGCGCGAUGGCAUCGCUGGGGCGGCUCAAGUCCGCCAUCUUCGAUAGGGAGGAGAGGAAGAUGCAGUACCAGUCGCAUAUCCGGGGGCUCAACGCGUACCAUCGCCAUAAGAAGUUCAUGAAGGAUUAUGUUCAGUUUUAUGGCCAUGAGAAAAAUGUGGAUAACAGUCUGCCCAUCAAAACUGAUAAAGAUACAUUGAGAGAAGGAUACAGGUUCAUUCUUUCCGAGGAAGACGACAUGGAUUCAACUUGGGAGAAGAGGCUGGUCAAACGUUACUAUGACAAGCUUUUUAAAGAGUAUUGCAUUGCUGACAUGACCCAGUAUAAAAAAUGCAAGAUUGGAUUGAGAUGGAGAACAGAAAAGGAAGUGAUAUCUGGCAAAGGGCAAUUUAUCUGUGGCAGUAGGCAUUGUGAUGAAAAACAUGGGCUAGGUAGUUAUGAGGUGAAUUUUUCUUAUGUUGAAGCUGGGGAGCAGAAACAAGCACUAGUGAAGCUGGUAGCUUGCAAGAGAUGUGCAGAAAAGCUUGCUUACAAGAGGCUCAAGGAGAAAGAGAAAGAGAAGGAGGAGGAUCCCUACGGUGAAAAGGAAAUUGAGUUGAAAGACAGGGACAAGAGAAAGAGAGAACAUGAAGAAAGUGAUGACACCUCUGAGGAUGAGGCCAAGAAAGAUAGAAGAAAGAAAAAAGAUCGGAAGGGGGCUUCUUCAAGGAGUUCAGGAAACAAGGAUGAAGGUUUCGAAGAGUUCCUCGAAGGCAUGUUCCCAUGAUCUGGUUAUCUUAGUGGCUACAAAAAGUUGUUCCAUGCUCUUUCGGGGAAAAAGGAGCACGGAUUUUGUAACAAAGCCAUUAGCAGUGGAGUGGCAAAUCGUUGCAAAUCCGACCCUUGAUGUGCUUUGACUACAAGUCAAUGUAGGUGUGUUAUCUGUAAUUAUGUGUGCCCGUGUUGUUUCAUUUUCACAUGGCUUUCCGCUUUCGUAGCCGUGAGAGAUGCCUGUUACUCUGUCAGUCAAAGAAAAGAUGAAUGUAACUACUCGUGGGUCUACUUUACUUACUGUUACACCGAAGGAGUGAAGGACAAGUUGAGCAACAUUGACUUGUGUGUAUCUAUAUCAGUGUUGUGGCUGGAGAGGUUGGUGA